CACCUGAUUGUGCUCAGUCCAACCCUUUACACUCUCUCAGUCCAACCCAACUUCAGUCACUCGCUCAUCUGCUUGUUGGAUAAUAAUAUCUUAAUACCGCCAAAAUGGUUCAGCUUCUCAAGUACUCCGCCGCUGGCGCCCUCUUCCUCGCCGCUGCCGCCAACGCCGCCCCCAAGUACAACGAGGUCCCCGUCUCGUACGAGGAGGAUGAGUGCACCGACGAGCCCGAGUACCCUACCGGCGGCUACCCCACUGCCACCGAGACCUCGAGCACCGCUGCCGUGACCUCGUCCGGCUCGUACUCUGCCACCUACCCGGCCACCUACCCCGUGCCCACCAACACCUACCCCGUCACCGACGUCAGCAGCACCUACGCCGUCUCGACCAGCUACACCACCACCGUGUACACCAUCACCAGCUGCGCUCCCGACGUCGCUGACUGCCCCUACGGCUCCGUCACCACCACCGUGGUCCCUUGCACCGAGACCAGCGCCACCUCCGAGUACCCUGCCACCGAGACCUCGUCCGAGUACCCCACCGGCGAGUACCCUACUGGCGAGUACCCCACCGGUGGUGAGUACCCGACCAAGUCCACCGCCUACCCCACUGGCGAGUACCCGACUGGCGAGUACCCCUCGACCGAGACCGAGUACCCUACCGGCGAGUACCCCACUGGCGAGUACCCCACCGGCGGCGAGUACCCGACCAAGUCUACUGCCUACCCUACUGGCGAGUACCCGACCGGCGAGUACCCUACCGGUGACUACCCCGUCCACCCUACCGGCUACCCCGUCACCGAGUACCCCCACGGCAACGCUUCUUACACCGUUCCCGUUGAGUCUCCUUACCCUACCAUCCCCACUGCCGGCGUUGCUGCCGUCCGUGUCGGUGCCACUGGUGCCGUCAUUGCCGCCGCUGGUCUCUUCUUCGCCCUUUUCUAAGCGGCUUCUGAAGAGAAGUGUGGUGGUGUUUUGGUGAUGGAGAAAAGACGCCCAUGACGAGCAGGCCGGGGGGAGCCUCCGCCCUCACCGGGUGAGAGCCCCUCUUGUCUGCCACGGCCAUGGACAUUCUUACGAAAGAUCAACACGGUGGAAAAGAAAGCUAUGCCCUGGCUCUAAAAGGCGCGACUUUGCACAUGCCCAUAUUUACUAUACCUACCUGCCUUUACUUGUAAAAACUUUCAUCCCAUCGUUGGGGAGCCAUGUAGAAGGGGGCAGGGCUGGGCCGUCUUUUGGUGGGGGACUUCUUUCAGGGGGGUUUUCUGGCGGAGGAUUGGUCUUGUUUCUGUCUUAUUUCUGCAUUGUCUCCAGCGAGACCCUAAUUAAUGUUGAGUUGAAUUGUAAACGCAACCCACACUCGUUCACUUCUG